UAUUUUUUAUGUAUAUUUGUAGAUUUAUCCUCAGUGAAUUACGCCUUGCUCAGACCAUGAUUUUUGCAAUCGAAGAAAUCAACAGAGACAACAGCUUGCUCCCAAAUAUCUCAAUUGGUUACAGGAUUUAUGACAAUUGUCUCUCAAGAUUGUUCUCUAUGAAGGCAGCCAUGGCUUUGAUGAAUGGUAUGGAAAUAACAGCAAAUGGUGAUUGCACUGGACAAGCCGCAGUACAAGCCAUCAUAGGGGAGUCAGAGUCUUCUCCUACUAUAGCACUUGCAAAAACUACAGGGCCUUUUAAGAUCCCAGUGGUAAGUUAUGCUGCCACAUGUGACUGUUUGAGCAACAGAAAAGAGUACCCCUCUUUCUUCAGGACCAUUGCAAGUGACUACUACCAGAGUAGAGCAUUGGCAUAUUUGGUCAAGCACUUUGGCUGGUCUUGGGUAGGAGCAGUGAACAGUGAUAAUGAUUAUGGCAACAGUGGAAUGGCCAUUUUUCUAAAUGCAGCCAAAGAGGAGGGAAUAUGUGUUGAGUACUCUGAGAAGUUUGACCGGUCAGAUACUGCCAAAAUCAUGAAAGUGGCAGAUAUUAUUAAGACAGGCACAGCCAAAGUAAUUAUCAUAUUUCUUGCCCACUUUGAUUUGAAAAUUCUAAUAAACCAGCUUAUUCUAAAAAAUGUCACUGGCUACCAGAUGAUUGGUGUUGAGGCAUGGAUUACUUCUGUCAAUGUAAUAACACCAGGAAGUUACAACAUACUGUCUGGAUCCAUUGGUUUUGCUAUAGGAAAAUUGAACAUUGGUGGUUUUGCUGACUAUGCUGUCAAUGAAUUUUGGCAAACCGCAAUCCCUUGCUUGCAUACAGAGGGAAACAUUUCUCAGACUGAAAACAACUGCAGCAAAUAUAAAGAUAUUAUUCCAUUAAAAAACUACAGUGAAGAUAUAUCUGAACUGAGGUAUGCAAAUAACAUGUACAAUGCAGUUUAUGCUGUGGCACAUUCUUUACACAGUCUGUUGAGAUGCACGGAAAACCAAAGUUGUAAGAAAGACAAAACAAUACAACCAUGGCAGGUUGUUGAGUCUCUAAAAAAAGUAAAUUUUACUACCAAAUUUGGAGACAACAUUUUCUUUGACAGCACUGGGGCAACACCGGCAAAGUAUGAUGUGGUGAACUGGCAACGAGGGUUCAAUGGAGAAGUGCAGUUUAAGGUUGUGGGCUAUUAUGAUGCCUCUUUGCCAAGUGGACAACAAUUUGUCCUAAAUACUGAAGAUAUACUCUGGGCUGGAGAGAAAAUAGAGAAGCCAAGGUCUGUGUGCAGUGAGAGCUGUCCUCCAGGAACCAGAAAAGCUGCACAGAAAGGAAGGCCUGUCUGCUGUUAUGACUGUAUACCAUGUGCAGAGGGAGAGAUCAGUAACCAGACAGGUAAUUUCAGCAUUACCAACCCUCUCACUGGUCCUGUAUGCUGCGCCACACAGCAUUUGGGAUCACCUUUGUCCUCUGUAUCUCCUGUGUACUGGGGAAAACAGUAG